UGAUUUGUGGUGAUUUUGGUUUCGUUUCGUUUCCACUUCAUUUUAUUUUAAGUUAUUGUAUUUGUUUUCGUCUAUUCCAGCAAAGUCUUACUUAAAAUAUUAUUUCCAAUUUAUGUGAAAUUUUGACUUGUUCGUGUGUAACUACUAAUAAUUAUGAAUAGCUGGGGUAGUGAAGCGUACGGCAUGGGGAUGCCCAUGAACCCUAUGAUGGGCAUGAUGAUGGAUAACAUGGGCGCGCCGCCUGUCCCGCCUAUGAAUCCGCCGCCGCCUGUUCCGUUGCCGUUAAUCGGACCUGUAAUUCCUGAAAAUGUGCAGAUGGAAACUCAGAAUGUAAGUAAUGAGAAUCAACAAAAUGACAUUACAAGCUCUGAGAAUCAACAGAGGCCUGAUAAUCAACCUCGUGAGAGAGACAACCGACGGGACAACCGUGACAAGGACCAAGGAAGAAAUACAUCUGAUCGUAACCGAAACCGCUCGAGGUCUCGAGACCGGUAUGACAGGUCAAGCAGAGGCAAUGACAGGAAUGACAGAACACGACAUGACAGAAACAGGAGUGACCGAGGGAGAACAGAGCGCAAAUCCAAAUGGGAUGCCCCCAGUAGCAAUGAUAUGGGUAUGAUGUCCAUGAAUCCCUUGACGAACAUGCCAGCACAGGGGCAGGUGAUGCCUAUGGGGAACAUGAAUCAGGGACAGAUGAACAUGGGAAUGAUGCAAGGAAUGAUGCAAUACCCUCCCAACAACAUGAUGAACAAUGGCAUGAUGAUGAACAACAUGAUGCCGCAGCAGACCAUGGAGGGGCAGCAGAUGAUGAUGGCCAACAUGAACAUGAUGCCCAAUAUGAUGCCCAACAUGAUGGACCAGAACAUGAUGAUGAUGAACCAGCCAAUGAUGCAACAGCAGUUCAUGCCCAACAGCCCCAUAUUCAUGAACAGUGGAGUGUUGUUGCCACCUGUACCAGGUAAUACAACACCUCAGAGACGCGACCGUCCCAAAGGUUGCCGCACAAUAUUCGUUGGAGGUCUCCCAUCCAAAAUAAAACUUGAAAUCCUGAAUGAGAUGUUCCAAAGGUUUGGAACGGUUGAAGACAUCAAAUCACCCAAGAACGGUGUGUACUACGUGCGCUUCGAACGUCCGGAGACUGUUGAGAACAGUUUCAGCGUAUCCGGAUACAGAUUCAAGUAUCACAACCAAACUGAGAGUGAUGCUUCCACUUUAUACAUUGACUAUGCGUUGAAUCGCGACGAUCAGAAUGAGUAUGAGAAAUCCCAACGCAAGCGUGAGCCCACUCCGCCCCGCAUAGAACCGUUCACUCCCAACAACUUGGCUACCAUAUCGGAGAAGAUCAAAAGUGAGACUGACUUUGCUGAGGCUGCUCCUACUCUAGCUGGUUGGUUGGAACGUGGAGAGUGCAACAAGAAAUUCUCCAACCAGUUCUACUCGCUGAUACAAGCCAGCAACAACCAGAUACGAAGACUUUUUAAUGAGAAAAUGCAGUUGGAUGAGGAGUUCCAGAACCUCAGGAGUUCCAUCAGAGACAAGUUUGCGCAUGUCGUCUUGCAAUUCGAGCAGGUAGCGAAAAUCUUGUCUGCGGCCAAACACCAGCGAGUCUCGGAUCACUUCACCAAGCAGCAGCGCCGAAACAUCGAGAUGUGGCUCAAAAUGACCGAGGAGGUGGAGAACAUUAAAGAAGAGUUUAACACCAUUUUUGAUGAGGAAGAUUCUGAGAAACCAGCCAAGAAUUCCGUACCUCUCGAGAAAUAUGAGGAAUUGAAGAAAGAGAACGAGAGCCUAACCUAUGAACUGGAAGGCUACAAGAACGAAGCAUAUCUCGCUAAGGAUGAAGCUGAGAAGAAAUUCGAGAAGUUCAAGGCGCACUUUGUUGCUCAACAGGCUUUACAACAUAAAACGGUGUUCCCACCACUGCCUCAACAAACUGUGGAGCGAUCUACACCAAACAUAAAACCCCAACCACCCCCGCCAACACCUGAUGACGACAAGGUCAUUACUUCUGGCCCAGCUGUACCACCAACUGAAGCUAAACUCAUAUCAAUCCUGACUUCGUUCCUCAUGGUCCACCCAUUAGGAGCAUCUCUGGACUAUUUGGUUUCCUAUGUGAGGUCUAUGACCCGUAAUGUGACCCAAGCGACUGUGCUGUCCACUUUACAGAAGUAUACGGAACUGUUCAAUUGUGAAACCACAGGAAUUGGGGCUUGCAUUGAACAUAGAUGGUACUUUGUGACGUUUGAUGUAAUCAAGAAGGAGAAGUGAAUUUUAUUCCAAUAUCUUGAGAUUUUACUACCUAUUUUCAUAUUAUGUAUUGUUUUCUUCAUAAUUAGGAAUCUAUUUUUCUGACGUCUGAUUAAGAUUUGUGACUAUGAUGGUUCAUAUGAAUAAAAUAUGUUUAUAAA